ACACAAGUAGCAUUAAUUAUAGCUUGAAUAAGACACAUGUACACAUAAAUAUUUGACUUCAAAUAAUAACACUAUCAAAUAAAUUCACAAAUUAAUAAUUUCUUGAUUUAUGACUAUCUAUACCAUCUUCAUUUCUUCUUCACAUGUUACUCCAAACAAUCAGCUAUGGCAAGUUCUACCUUAAUCUCUAUUCCCAAAUUGCCCUUUUCCCCUCAACCAAAACAAACCCAAUUCACCUCACAAACUAGAAAUUACAAAUUUGCCCUCCUUUCCAAGCUUGAUGCACUAAAGCUUCCUCCAUGCGUGGGAUUCAAGAAUGGAUGGAAUCACAAGAAUUUAUUAUACACUGCGUUACCUUUGAAAAGUGCGGCUACUAUUUUGUGUGUCGCUGGAAUCGCUUUGGCAACAGUAAUGGUGGGAAGUGAUGCAGCGUGUGCUUCAGAAAUAGGUGUAAUGGGUUCUUCUUUACAAUUCAAUGAACCAUCUAAUGCUCUCUCCUUACCUACUUGGGCUAUACAUGUUUCCAGUGUUGUUGAAUGGAUUACUGCAAUGGCUCUGGUUUGGCAAUAUGGUGAGAAGUCUGGAAAUGCUUCUUGGAAGGGACUCUCUUGGGGCAUGGUGCCCCUGUUAGGCGGAGCAUUUUGUGCCUGCACAUGGCAUUUCUUUUACAACUCCGAGUCCCUUGAGGUAUUGGUGGCUCUACAAGCAGCUUUGACAGUUCUUGGUAAUGCCACAAUGUGCAUUGCUGCAUUCCGUAUAUACAGAUCACAGGAGCAAUAAAGGAACUAUUGAGCAUUGAGUUUGGUUUACUUUCUCAAAUUUCAUCACUCUUUCAGUUUCCUUAUCUACGUGAAGAAGAAACAUUGUUUGCCGAACACUGUAACACUUCGUACAUAAUUGACACAAAGCAUGUUGAAUAAAAGAUGAAGUGUCUAUUCCAUGGUAGGAAGUAAAGAACUUUUAGCAAGAAAACCAGUGUGGAUCGAGCUGUCCCUGGAAGAAAAUUAUUCUGCCUUUUUGAUGGCUGGUGAGUUUGUCAAGAAACUUUCUUGACUUUAGCUUUUUUGCAUUUUUGUACAUACUUUAAACAACUUCUUUUUGACAUCUUAAGAUGACAAUUAUUGACUUUCUAUGAAUUGUAGUUGUCAUAAAUUAUAUCCGGAUUCUUCAACACACUUCUUGUUUGUGUACGUAUUAUUUUCUCCAA